AUGGAGAUCACAACAUCUUCCACUCUGGAAAUUACACAAGUUCCACAUCAGCAGAACACGAUAGCUCCAACUCGGGAGAUCACAGCAGUUCCACCUCAGCAGAUCACAGCAGUUCCACCUCAACAAAUCACAGCAGCUCCACCUCAGCAGAUCACAGCAGCUCCACCUCAGCAGAUCACAGCAGCUCCACCUCAGCAGAUCACGGCAGCUCCACCUCAGCAAAUCACAGCAGCUCCACCUCAGCAGAUCACAGCAGCUCCAACUUUAGUGGGGACUGUGCUGAUUUAUAUCCGCUUGGUGUUUAAGAACCUGACCACUCUACCCAGUGAGGCAGAGGUUCUUAAUGCUGCCAAUACUCUACUGGACUCAAGUGUCAGAAUGAAGCGAGAUGUCAGCACACAGAAACUGAAUAACCCAGUGAGCAUCCAGAACGUCACCUAUCAGAAAACGAGCAGCAACUCAUACACUAUCAGCUUCGCAUUCAAAAUCAGCAAUGUGAACAUGUCUAAAAACAUUGAACUGAGGAAUGAAACAUAUGAUGCAAUCCAAAACACCAUCAAUGGCCUACUGAACAAAAUCCUAAAUGACCCAAAUGCUCCACCAUUCGUCUUCCAACGAGCAAACUACACGGGUAACGACACUGUGAUUCAGGCUAAUGCAGAAUACAUCUUUGUGGAAGGAGAU